GGGGAGCUGGAGCGUACUGGUGCUUGGUGGUUCUGAUCCUCUGGAGCUCGCCACCGCUGGAGCUCUUGGGCGCACGAGUGGUGGUCCAAGCCGCCCCCACCAUGCGCCCGGAAGAAGCUGCCCAGAUUCCGGAUCUGGACUUUAAGCAUGGCUUGGCUGCUGCCACCCGCGAGGGGGUCGCAGGGGCCAAAGCCAUGCUGGUGGACAUUGCCUUGCUGAUGUGGCUCCGCACAGUCAUGAACCACCAGUAUCGCAACGGAGGGACCAUGGGCGACACUAUCCGCAAGCUCUGGCGACAGGGUGGGGUGACUCGCUUCUACUCAGGUCUCACAGCCGCCAUGAUUGAAGCGCCGCUGUCCCGUGGCGUCGGAGCCGCUGCCAACUACGCCACCCUCAACAUGCUCUCUCGCACGAGCCUUGGCAACCACCUUCCUGUGGUCGCCCAGACUGCACUCUCUUCCGUGGGGGUGGGCUGCUUUCGCCUCGUCUACUAUCCCGUGGAUACAAUCAAGACCAUCAUGCAGGUAGAGGGCCGCGAAGGCAUGGCCAUGCUACGCCACAAAGUCCGCUCUCAGGGAUAUGGCGUUCUCUUCCACGGGGCCGGCUCCUCCAUCGUUGGUGCCGCUGUCCGCCAUACCCUGUGGUUUACCGCGUACAACCUCCUCGACCAACGUAUUGAGACAUCGGGAGACGUCUCCACUUCCUCAAAAAUGAUUCGCAACGCUCUCAUUGGCUCGGCCUGCGCCGUGGUCACGGAUGUGGCCGCCAAUCCCUUAUCCCUGGUCAAAGCCUACCGCCAGACCAACGCUCAGGCCAUCUCGUACUCCACCAUCGUCCGUCAAAUUGUGAGCAAGGAAGGCGUACUCGGCCUCUUCACCCGUGGCCUCUCCACCCGCAUUUGGGUUGACAUCCUCAACUCGGCCAUCUUCACCGUCGUCUGGCGGGCCCUCCUGGAACCCACCCUCCACCCCGACAAUGCUGACGAGAAGUGA